AGUGAACAAUCUUAACAAACACCUCAAAAGACCAAUUGAUUGAGCUGGUAAGAGUAGCCGCAGCUUCCACCUCGAUGGCAGAGGAUAAAAGGCAAUGAGAAUUUGAGAAGCAGCAAAGCUCCUGGAUUUGAGACUUGAGACAUGGAUCUUCUCUGCAACGCAUACUCAAACGCCUCAGACAACGAAGAAGAGGAAGAAGAAUCGGCUAAACAACCCAGACCCGAAAACUUCACGCCCCCGAAUUCGAAGCGGCUCAAACCCGUUAACCCAUUUACACAUACUAAAACUCAGAAUCCUCUGUCGGGCUCAACCCAGUUCCCGGCCCGCCAUAUAGAAGCUCCGGUUCCUGGUAGAUACGUAUCCAAGAGAGAGCGCUCUCUCUUGGGUUCCCAACCUACCGCCUCCGACCCGAACCCGGAUGCUUUGCUGCUGACAACCUCUCCUGUUUUUGGGAGUAUUUCGGAUUCUGAUGUUCCUCGUGAUAUUAAGUCAUUGUUGAGAAACAAAGCAAAAAAGGGUCGUGCACAGCUUGGCCAGAUGCCUCAAAGAAUGUCUGUGCCUCUAAGCAGACAUACCAAAGCUGUUAAUGCUGUACAUUGGUCACCAACUCAUGCUCAUCUUCUUGCAUCUGCUUCGAUGGAUCAAACAAUCUGCAUAUGGAAUGUGUGGAGCAGUGAUCAGAAGGUAGCCCGUGUUUUGAAUUUUCACAAUGCUGCUAUCAAAGAUGUGAAAUGGUCGGGGCAAGGGUUGUUUGUGCUUUCUUGUGGAUAUGACUCCUCAUCAAAGCUAGUGGAUGUUGAAAGGGGGAUAGAGACUCAGGUUUAUAAGGAGGAUCAAGUUGUUAGUGUUGUUAAAUUCCAUCCUGAUAAUUUCAACCUCUUCGUUUCUGGGGGGUCCAAAGGCGGUCUGAGGUUGUGGGAUGUUAGAAAUGGCAAGGUGGUCCAUGAAUACGUUCGAGGUCACGAUCCCAUCCUUGAUGUUGAAUUCACCACGAAUGGCAAGCAGAUUAUAUCGUCUAGUGAUGUAUCUGGACGCAACCUUAGUGAAAAUUCUAUUGUUGUUUGGGAUGUUUCACGACAAGUUCCACUCUCUAAUCAGGUUUAUGUGGAAGCCUACACAUGUCCCUGUGUGAGAUGCCACACAUUUGAACCAUUUUUCGUUGCCCAGUCAAAUGGUAAUUAUAUUGCAAUCUUCUCUUCAAUCCCCCCCUUCAAGCUGAACAAGUACAAGAGGUAUGAAAGCCAUGGGGUAUCAGGAUUUCCCAUUAAAUGCGUGUUUAGCGUGGAUGGGGAAAAGCUAAUCUCGGGCUCCUCUGAUGGGUCUAUAUACUUCUACGACUAUAGGUCUUCUGAGCUUGUCAGAAAAAUCAAGGCAUAUGAGCAGGCUUGCAUUGACAUUGCUAUCCACCCCAGCAUACCUAAUGUGAUUGCUUCAUGCAGUUGGAAUGGAGAGGUUUCAGUGUUCGAGUAAGAUGGUCUGUAUAAACUUUCUUCCUUACAAGGCAGUCUUUGAUUGUCUAAGAAAGAGAUCAGUGAUGUUGCAAGCAAUUUCCUACAUGUAAUAGCCAAGAGGAAUUGGCGCUGAAAAAUUGAAUGAAAAAUUAAAAAGGAGAAAAAUGUGGAAUUGAAUUUUCUCCUUUUUUGCGUUUGCUUUCUUCCAGAAAUUCUCAUAUGCGGACACCAUAUAUUUUAUACUAUCCCUCCCUCAUUUCCACCCCCACACGAUAAUAACACGCGGAUGUUAGGAUGA